AUGAUUGAGCUGGGGCUCCACCGCAUCGCACGUUUAUUGAGACAUUCUCCACAAACAUGGAAGGCUAUUCAUGUAGCUGGGACCAACGGCAAAGGCUCCGUCUGCGCCUAUGCUUCAGCAAUGCUACACGCGGGUGGCAUUAAGUGUGGCAGAUUUACUUCUCCGCAUCUUCUGGACCGGUGGGACUGCAUUACGGUUGAUGAACAGACCGUCUCCGCAGACCUCUUUCACCGAGUUGAAGCAGCUGUCAAAGUAAAAAGUGAAGAGGAAGGCAUCAGAGCUUCUGAGUUUGAGAUUCUUACUGCCACCGCCUUCGAAAUCUUCAACGAGCGUGAUGUUGAAGUAGGGGUGGUCGAAGUUGGCUUGGGAGGCAAGAACGAUGCUACCAACGUCCUCCAGCAGUCAGCGGUCACUGUCAUCACCAAGAUAGGUAAGGACCAUCAAGCCCUUCUUGGCAACUCGCUUGAAGAGAUUGCGGCCCACAAAGCUGGCAUCAUCAAGCCGCAUGCAUUGUGCAUAGUGGAUGGAAGCAAUCCUCCCGAAGUGCUCGACGUGCUCCGGCAAUCUGCAGAGAGCUUUCACGCUGCAAGGUUCUCCAUUGUUCCGAAGGACUACUCAGACGAAGAUCGUGAAUUCUUACAUCUACUUCCUUUAAAGCAUUUUGAAGCACACCAAGUCAUGAAUAUCCAGCUCGCUCUCACCUCUGUGAAAGGAAUUCUUCAACGAAGAAGCGCCGAUAUUUCUCCUACACAUCUAGCCAAGGCCAUAGAAAGUGUCUCUUGGCCUGGCCGAUUACAAAUGAUUAAUCUCCGCAAAAUUACCAAGCAUGUCUUUGACGUGCUUCUUGAUGGUGCACACAAUCCGCAGUCGGCGGAGGUACUUGGCUCUUAUGUCGAUAGACGUCUUCGUCAGACCGGUGUUCCCGUGACUUGGCUGAUUGGCAUUUCGGCCGGUAAGGAUGCGGGUGAAUUGCUUUCGAAGCUUCUAAGACCCGGUGACAAUAUUGUUGCCACCGCUUUUGGACCUGUGGAUGGUAUGCCUUGGGUCCAUCCCAUGGACCCACAUGACAUCGUCAGUAUUGCAAGCUCUACCAAUCCAAUAGGUCGUACUAUUGCUGCUACGAAAGGGGCCCCAAACGCUCUCCAAAUAGCUGCAGACAUAGCUAACGAAGGCCAAAUUGUGAUCGCAGGCAAUGUUGAUGGGCUUGUUCAGGACGGCUCAAGAGCUCAAGGCUACACUGCAACCCAGUCUACGACCGAAGGAGUCAUGGAGACUCAAAUGGUGGGCGAACUUGCAUUGAAAGAGGAAGAAGAAGAAGAAGCAUUUCAAGGCUUCGGAGAACCUUCAAGAACUACUGAUUCGAAUGACAAAGAAGACGCUAGGCAGAUAGAGGGAACAGGCAUCUCGCGCCCAUCUCGACAGGCGUCCAAAGUACCUAUUCAGGAUGGUGAACUCAAAGACUACCAGCUUGGUGAUUGCCUAGGUAAAGGUGCCUUUGGUUCGGUCUAUCGAGCACUCAAUAUGGGAACUGGCGAGACCGUGGCCGUGAAGCAAAUUAGACUUGCAGAUCUUCCAAAAAGUGAGCUGAGAGUCAUCACCCUCGAAAUCGACCUUUUGAAAAAUUUGGAUCACCCAAACAUUGUCAAGUACCGUGGCUUCGUGAAGUCCUCACAUUCUCUCAAUAUCAUCUUAGAAUAUUGUGAGAAUGGCUCGCUGCAUUCCAUUUCUAAAAAUUUUGGCAAGUUUCCGGAGAAUCUUGUCGGAAUAUAUAUGUCCCAGGUCCUCCAUGGGCUGCUCUACCUCCACGAGCAGGGUGUCAUACAUCGUGACAUCAAGGGUGCAAACAUUCUGACGACUAAGCAAGGACUUGUGAAGCUUGCGGACUUCGGCGUUGCUACUCGUACCACAACAUUUCAUGAAUCUAGCGUUGUGGGCACACCAUAUUGGAUGGCUCCAGAGGUGAUUGAACUCUCCGGUGCCACUACAGCAUCUGAUAUCUGGAGUCUGGGAUGCACCGUGAUAGAGCUUCUGGACGGUAAACCCCCAUACCAUAAGCUGCAGCCUAUGCACGCACUCUUCCGUAUUGUCAACGAUGAUCACCCACCUCUUCCAGAAGGUGCCUCCCCUGUUGUUCGUGACUUUCUUAUGCAGUGCUUUCAAAAAGACCCAAACCUUAGGGUUUCGGCCAGGAAGCUUCUCAAACAUCCGUGGAUUGUCAACGCCAAGCGCUCGGACAGUGAAGUUCCUAAGAAGCCUACCGAGUAUACUCAAGCUGUCAAGAGCGUGCAAGAGUGGAAUGAGGCUCUGAAAUCCCCGAAACAAGGAUCACUCCGAAAACCCUCUCGGACUAUGUCCCCAGGUCCGGUACCCAACCGCCGCGAAGUUGCCCCCCAAGUGUUGGCGCCAACUAGGCCUCUUUUUGAUGCAGCCAAAAGUCGCGUCACUACUCAGCCCUUCAGGUCUCCUAACACUUCUGCGGAUGACAAUUGGGAUGACGAUUUCGAGUCUGCCCCAUCCCCAAAUGCCCUGCGCCUUCCUCAUGUCAAACUACAGGACCAUUUUGGUGGGCUUCUAUCAGCCGAGAAGCUACGGGCUUUUGCCUCCUUUGAAACUCUAGCAGAGGAAUCUCUUCAAGAUGUCGAAAAUUUCGAGCCAACAAUCAAGAACACAAUUAGACAAGCAGAUUCCGACCCACUUGAGACUAUCAGGCCUCCUUUCCUUUCUAACCAGUCUGCAAAGGAAGGGAAAGCCCCUCACAAACGUCAUGGGAGUCGAAAUAUACUUUCCGACCCAAGGCAGAACUCAGUAGCCCUACCGAACAAGCAGAAUGUUAAAGAUCGCUGUCAAGACCCAAAACAGAUUCCGAAGUCUACAGAAUCCUUCGUAGAACCAAUCGAAGAGGAUUAUUCCGACUUGAUGAUUGAAGAUGCAACAUUCAGCAAUCGAGCUGGACAUCGUCGGCGUUCUGAGCGUACAUCGCCAAAGCUCCACCACCCCUCGAGUUUAGACCUUUCCACUUACUCCGUACCGUCCGCGAAAGUAGGUGGUAGUCUCCGGCGACCGUCAUCUUCCUCAAAGCAGCCAAUCAUGCGGAGAACACGAUCUUCUGUUGAGAUCCAAAGAUUCGCCGAAGACGAACAUGAUGAGGACUUCUCUGAUGUUUUCGGCAAGACUAGCGGCUCUCACCCUAAACCUCCGAGCGACAAAGGCUCGCAUUCUGACGGUGCAACCCUGAUGCUGAGUUCGAAAUUGUCUAACAACUCUUGGCUUGGAGAUGACGACGAUGAGGAUGAUCCUUUCGCGCUUUUGGAGGAGGGUUUCGAUGAAAUGGACCUUGAAGCCAACGUAGCCCGUGAUAAGUAUGCUAGAGUUUGUACUCAAGUAGAAGGUCUAGUAGGCUCGUUGAAGACAACUCAAGCAGACGACUUGCUUGCAGAUAUCUCUGAGCAAUUGCUCGAGAUCCUUGCUGAUCUUCCCGAAACUAAAGGGGUCGUUGUGAGUGCCCAUGGAAUGCUCCCAAUCUUGGAGAUUCUAGAGACAUGUCGCCACCGCGACAUCAUAUUCAACCUCCUCAAAAUUGUCAACACCAUCAUUUUUGGUGACGUGGAGACACAGGAAAAUCUAUGCUUUGUGGGAGGAAUCCCCAUCAUUACUCGAUUUGCGUCAAAGCGGUUUCCGAGCGAGAUAAGACUUGAGGCUGCGGCUUUCAUACGGCAGAUGUUUCAGACUUCUACGUUGACUUUACAAAUGUUUGUCAGUGCAGGUGGCCUAAAAGUUUUGGUUGAGUUCUUAGAAGAAGAUUACGAGGAUGACCGCGACUUGGUGUUGAUCGGCGUAAAUGGCAUAUGGAGCGUUUUCGAAUUGCAAGGACCUACACCAAAGAACGAUUUUUGCCGAAUACUUUCAAGGAAUUCUGUACUUGAUCCACUUUCUCUUGUGCUAAGCAGAGUUCUAGACGAAGAUGGAGAGCUUGCAGAGCUUUGCGAAGGCCGCAUUGCCAACAUAUUCUUUCUUUUUUCCCAGGCCGAGAAUCACGUCAAAGAACUGAUUGCAGAGAGGACAGUGCUGCACCGCGUCCUCAAAGAGCUCAGACGGAUGUCUCCCAGUCACCAAAUCACAAUGCUCAAAUUCAUCAAGAAUCUUUCUAUGCUGUCAACGACAUUAGACUCACUCCAAAAUUCGAACGCAAUUGAUGUUCUUACCGAUCUCCUUCGUAGCAAUUCGAGCGAGGGCCACUUUCGGGAGAUAUCAAAUCAGAUACUUAACACAAUCUACAACUUAUGCCGUCUGAACAAAUCACGUCAAGAAGACGCAGCACUUAAUGGCAUCAUCCCUCUGCUUCAGCGUAUCGUCAGAACGAAGAGCCCAUUGAAAGAAUUUGCAUUACCCGUGCUAUGCGAUAUGGCUGCUUCUGGGAAAGUUGGGAGAAGAGAGCUGUGGAGGAACAAGGGACUCGCGUUCUACAUCUUCCUCUUAUCUGACGAGUUCUGGCAGGUGACCGCUCUAGACGCAAUCUUCAUCUGGCUCCAAGAGGAAACGGCCAAGGUAGAAGAACACCUUCUUCAAGGCUCAUUUGCAUCAGGCAUUGUCAGAUGCUUCACCACUUCCAAAGCCAACGCUUUCGAGAACUUGUUGGAACCCUUGCAGAAAUUGCUCCGACUAAGUCCACCGAUCGCUCUCACCUUAGCUACCCCUGACUUCUUCCAUCGAAUACUGCACAAGCUGCAGUCCAGCAAGGCGGUGGUACGCCUCAACUUGCUUCGCAUCGUUUGUAGCGUUUGUGACGCAAGCGAAGAACAAGGAGCAUUGAUCAAACAUUACGGCCUUGAGGACGCGAUUCAAGCACUAGCCGAAAGCGAUGGCGCCGUACUAGUUCGCAACAUGGCUAGCGAGCUGAUCAAAUCCAGUGAAAUAAAUGACUUACAUGGAGCCAGUGUCCGGAGGCGCAAAGGUCCUAGGCGAUCGAGCUCAUCGACGACCCCGCCAAGUCUACUCAACAGCUAUUCCACGCCGACCACACCGACCCGUAAUCGAGCGCUGCACAGCAGUCAAGCACAUUUAGACCGCGAUCUACGGGCUCGUGGAAUCGUGAAUGGAGCCACAGCGUACCGACCUGUCAGCCGGGACGGAAGCGAAUCUAGCGGCAUGCCAUUGAUUGCAAAUGUCUCAGCAGUCAAAAGCAGGCUGCCAAGAACAAUUUCAACCCGAACACCUCAACGUCAAGUUGUGGUAUCACCGAAGAAGAGUGGAAGUAGCUCAGCACAGCAAGCCUUGCAAGAUCCUGCGCAGUUACCCCCUACCCCCAAUUCAAGAAGACGACGCAGAGGGAGCGGGGAUGUUCGAUGA